AUGUAUUUCCCUUGGUGUCACUUCACUUGCUUUUUUCUUCUUUUGGGUUUUGGAGUAGACCUAGCAAAUUCUCAGACUUGUAGAAGAGUUGGAGGAAAGAUCCUUCCUUGCUGGACAAUAGUUGUGGAUCCAUCAGGGCAUGGAAACUUCACUACCAUACAAUCUGCUAUUGGUUCAGUCCCUUCCAACAAUAGGCAUUGGGUUUCCAUCAAUGUGAAGGCAGGUAUCUACAGGGAAAAGUUGGUAAUUCGUGAUGACCAGCCUUACAUUUUACUACAAGGAGAGGGAAAGACGAAAACCCUUGUUGAGUGGGGUGACCAUGAUACAACAUCCCAGAGCCCUACAUUCUCCACCAUGGCAGAAUAUAUUGUCGUCAAGUAUAUCAGUUUUAUUAAUUCAUACAAUAACAACCCCCCACAACCUGCAGUAGCUGCCUUGGUAAGCGGUGACAAGUCUUACUUCCUUAGUGUUGGUUUCUUUGGUUUUCAAGAUACUUUGUGGGAUAAUUAUGGACAUCAUUACUACAAGUCUUGUACCAUCCAAGGUGCUGUUGAUUUUAUCUUUGGUGCAGGACAAUCAUUAUACGAGGAUUGUGACAUAAGAGUUAUUGCUGGGCGUUUAGGUCCAGGAAUUUCUGGUUAUAUCACAGCACAAGGGAGGACAAGUCUGAGGGAAACAAAUGGGUUCACUUUUAAAAGUUGUUUUAUAAAUGGAACUGGUACAACUUACUUGGGGAGACCUUGGAAAGAAUAUGCUAGAGUUAUUUUUCACAACUGCAAAAUAUUAAACAUUAUACAACCUCAAGGUUGGGAUAAUAGACCUUACCCAAACUUUUACAGGAAUCAGCUAUCAUUCGGAGAGUAUAACAACUAUGGACCAGGUUCUCACUCGCCCCAGCGUGUUAAAUGGAUUAAUAAAUUGAGUUUAUCAACAGUUCAGUGGAUGUCGAGUUUUGCUUUUAUUGACACUGUUGGUUGGCUUAAUAUCAGCCUAAGGAUCGGUUAUUAA